UACGGGGCAGCGCGGGGCGGGCCGGGGCACUGCGCCACGGAGUCCAGCAGCAGCCUCCUUCCCUCACCUAACCGGAAAAGAAGGCCUGGCUUAUGUCUGUGUGUGCAUGUGUAUAUGUGUGUGUUCCUUUGUGAGCACUGUGGCCAGGUGCUGAGAGUCACUGGCUGGGAGGACCUGGGAUGAGUUUGAAGUCUGGACUGUCCUGAACUGUCUGGAGCACUCCAUCUGUGAAUGUCUGCAUGCUCCUGAGCUUCCAUCUCUGCCAGUGUGGCACCUUUCACCUCUGGAUAAAGCUGUUCUUCAGUUUUGCUUUGCAGAGCAAGUUCCUGCAGAAAAAGAAGACUGGAUGUCAUUUCCCAAGAGGCUGUUGAGUGAUGUGCCACCUCGAGAGCCACUGUUAGGUGUCCCCAUGUUCCUUGCCAGGACAUGCCAUCCCUCCUGGUGACUGCCACUUCCUGCAGGAGGGGACCUGAGUGACUCCUGCCCAGCCUGGAACCUGCGUGCCCCCGUUUGCCAUUCAAAGCUGUCUCUUCAAGUGUGCUGAGAAACAAAUGGGAGCUCAAGGUGCUCUGUCACAGAAACAAAUGAUUGCUGCCAGCCAUGUCCCCAGCUGAGUGGGUCCCACUGCCCUCUGCCCCCAGGGCCUGUGCCAGUAGCCACUCUGGGAUUUGCUGAGCCACAGGGUUCAUGUUGAGCGUGUUGUGUUUUAGGGUUUUGAGGAAAAUGCAGAGGCGGCACAGCAGCAACACGGACACCGUGCCUCCUGAAAGGAGCCGGAGCCAGACGCUGAGCUCGGAGGCCAGCGUGGACGAGAGCGGAGUGUUCGAGAGCCUCAAGGCCGAGGCCGCCUCCCCUCAGCAGCUCUUCUCGGGGCUGGCCGGCAUCCCCGCGGCCUCCAUCGCCGCCGCGCCCUUCCCGGCGGGGCUGGUGCUGGGCUCGGCGGCCGGAGGGGGAGAGGUGUUCAUCCAGAUGCCAGCCCCGAGGGACGAGGGCGCCGGCCGGGCCGAGGGGGCCCCGUUCCACCACCGGGCCCCGGCGCAUCACUUCCAGCACGGCCACCACCGCGGCUCCUCGCUGCUGCACAUGGCCGGCGGCGACCGGCACGGCCACGCCGAGGAGGGCGCCGAGGAACAGGCCGGAACGCCGGCCCCGGCUCUCUCGGAGCUCAAAGCUGUGGUCGGGUGGCUGCAAAAGGGACUUCCCUUCAUCUUGAUCCUCCUGGCUAAAGUUUGUUUCCAGCACAAGCUUGGAAUUGCUGUGUGCAUUGGCAUGGCCAGCACCUUUGCCUACGCCAACUCCACGCUCCGAGAGCAGGUGGCUCUGAAGGAGAAGAGAUCAGUGCUGGUUGUCUUCUGGAUCCUGGCCUUCCUCACUGGAAACACCCUGUACUUGCUUUACACAUUCAGCUCUCAGCAGCUGUACAACAGCCUUAUAUUCCUGAAACCCAACCUGGACAAGCUGGACUUCUUUGACUUGAUGUGGAUUGUGGGCAUUGCAGACUUUGUGCUGAAGUACCUCACCAUUGCCCUGAAAUGCCUCGUGGUGGCCCUGCCCAAGAUCAUCCUCGCUGUCAAGUCAAAGGGAAAGUUUUAUCUGAUUAUUGAGGAGCUGAGCCAGCUGUUCCGCUCCCUGGUGCCCAUCCAGCUGUGGUACAAAUACAUCAUGGGGGAUGAUCCAUCCAGCAGCUACUUCCUGGGUGGCAUCCUCAUCAUCAUGUACAGCCUCUGCAAGUCCUUUGACAUCUGUGGCCGUGUGGGAAGUGUCAGGAAGGCACUGAAGGUCCUUUGCACCCCCCAGACCUAUGGAGUCCGUGCCACGAGCCAGCAGUGCAGUGAGGCAGGGGACAUCUGUGCCAUCUGCCAGGCAGAGUUCAGGGAACCUCUGAUCCUCCUGUGCCAGCACGUGUUCUGUGAGGAGUGCCUGUGCCUGUGGUUCGACCGGGAGAAGACGUGUCCCCUGUGCCGCUCGGUCACCGUGGAGACGCUGCGCUGCUGGAAGGAUGGCACCACCUCUGCCCACCUGCAGGUGUACUGACAGCAGGGCAGCUCACCAGGCACGGAGCUGGAAAAUCCCAGGAUUCCUGCUCUGUUGUCCCAGGAUCCCAGUUCUGUUGUCAGAACUUCUUGAGCUCUGAGCCAACACAACAAUUGUGACUGGCCGCAAACUUUGCCCUCGAAGCAGGGGAGGUGUGGGUUAUGUUGUGGUGAACUCCAGGGUGUUUCUGGAGCUCACAGGGUUAUAGAGUGUCUGGGAUGUUUCCUGUUUUCCUGUCCUUUCAGUAUGGACAAACACUGCGUGUCCAGGGCAGGGGAGCUGUGAGUGCAUGUGCUGGACAAAGCUGUGCUCUGGCUGAGGAGCUCCACAUCACCUGGCCCUGCAUUCCCUGAAUCCAUGACUUUACAGAAUUACACAGCACCUCUCUCUGAGAACUCUUCCCAAGCUGUGCUUCAGAAUCUCGUGUCCACAGUUGCAUUUGCAGAAAUGUCAUUUCCCAGCUGCUGUUUUUCCAGUUGAUUCCACAAGUGGCAUGUGCUGUCACUUUGGAAAAUCAGAGGGAGCUUGGGAAGGAUCCUGCCAGUGAAGCUGGAAAUGACACCUCCUUUCCCUGGAAAUGUUCUUCCUCUUUAAUUUUCAUGGUGAGACUUCCUGAUUUCCCAGUCUCUGGGGAGAGCAGAGGGAGGUUGAAGUUGAGUUGGGUUUGUCUGGAUGGAAAUCCAGCACCUGUCUAAGAGCAUCUCACAAACUCAGUGUCCCUGCCCUGUGCUCCUCAGCCAGGACCUGCCUGGGUCUUCCAGCAGGGAAAACCUGAGCCUUGAGCUUCAGCAGGAGCUCCUGAGGAAGGAGAUCCCUGGCAGGCAUUAACAGGAAUUAGCCCCAUCCCUGUGGCUGAGCUCUGUGCUGAGGUUCUCCAGCAGCACAAGCCCUCAGAGGGAGCUGCUGUUGGUUCUGGAGCUUUCCCUGUCCCCAAACCACCUCUGCUCCCACCCCCAGGAGCAGCAGCAUCCCCCAGCUCAUUGCCAUGGAAAUGGCUGAAGGUGACAGCCCCACCUGAGCCAUCAGCAGGAAGAGGCUCCUGAGGGAAGGAGGUUCUGUCUGUGCUGAUGGAAACUCCACAGGGAGGAAUUAAAGCCAACAGGAGCUGAUGGGAACAGGAGGAAGGCUGCACAUUUCUUUGGAAAUAAGCUCAGUGUGGCUGAGGAGGAGUGGUGAGAGCAGAGCCUGAGCUGGGCACAGUCCAAACCCGGCUUGGGAGGUCCAGGGAAGCAGAGGAGGAAAAGCUUUACUUUCCAAACCAAAGUGAUGUCAAAUUUUUGUCUAAUGGAUCCUGUGAAAGUGGAGAACUGAGCCAAGGAAUCCCAUUGCUCUCUGCAAUGGGAAUAGCUCCCCUGUCUUUGGGAUGGGAGAGAGUUCAGAACAGCAGGGAGCAAGGUUUUCAUUUGGCAUAAAAAAUGUGAUGUGUGAUAGCCUGGAAUAUUCAGCAGGAAAAGGGGAAAUCAGUGAUUCCAUGGGCAGGAGCUUCUGAAAGGCCUCAGUGUCACUGCAGUGCCAGUGAACCCAAGGCUUGGUGUUUCUGCUUUCAAACUGUUUGAAAAGCUGCUUCUCAUUCUGAAUGUUUUACUCUAAAUGCUCCUGGAAAAUGUGUUUGGAGGAGUGUAGGAAAAGCUCAGUAGGAAAGUGUGGGAUACACUGCUUCCAAAUUCAGUUUUUAUUGGUGGUAGGGCAGGAAAUCAAAGGGAAAGUGUGGGUUUGCAUUCUUAAAGCUUUGGGGUGGUAUUUUAGGGAGGAUGGUCCUGCCUUCUCCUAGAACAUGACACUUGGACCAGAAAACAUCCAGGGGAAACUUCAGUUCCAAUGCCAGCUGCUGGGAACCUGUUGACUUCCAUGGGAAAACAGGGAAGGCUGUGGAAGGAAAUUCCUCUAGGAGAGGAAAUAAAACCCGGAGCCUUUUUUUGCCAUUGAACAGUUAUUUUUCUUUUUUUUUUUUUAAUAAAUUCCUUAUAAAUAUGUACAAAGAGUCUCAGCAUAAGAAAUUCCUUUUACAAAAGAGAGAAGCCACAUCCAGCCAGGACCAGGAGCCUCCUGAAGCUCCAGGAACUCCGAGCACAGGCCCUGCCCUUGCUUUGGUGAGGGGAAACCUGCACAGUGACCCUGCUGGAGUUUCAUCCCAAUGGUUCUGGAUCAGCAAAAUGCCAGGAACUGGGCAUUCCCUGCCUGUCAUUCCCUGGGCAGUGCCCCUGGAGAGACUGGGGAAUUCCCAGUGGCCUCAGGACUAACGAGGAUGGGAGGGUUUUGUGAUAAACUGUGGUGAAUGACUGGAAAAGGGAUGCUGUAAAAACCCAGGGAAUUAAAUCCCACUGCAGCUGGGCUUGCUCUGCUUGCUGCCACCUGUAACUACUGAUGGAGUAACUAAUAAAGGUGUAAUGAAAAAAGGUGUAAGUAAUAAUGCUGUAACUAAUAAUGGCCAUUUAAUCCUCAGAUGCUUUCAGUGAAUAUUUAUCAAGCUCCAAAGUCACUUCCUGUAAAUAUUAAAAACCUUGGGAAAUUCAAACACUUCAGUAAUUCCCUCACAGUGGACACUGAAAUCACAUCAAAAUCCACUCCUGUACUCAAAUAAAUAUUUGG